AUGAUGAGAACUUACUUGAAGAAAGUGAAUGGCUGUGCAUCAAAUAUGUGGUCUCCAUUGUUAGCAGCAAUUGGAGGGAAAGAUAUCAUGGUGACCGCCAGGACCAACUAUGGCGGAGAUGUUGGGAAGCCUUAUGGAUCUUCAAUUGCUUUCACCACCUCGGUUUGCCUCCCGUUUCCAGUCAAAAAAGUGCUCAAUUUCCUCUCUGACGGGACCCUCCGAGAUAAGUGGGAUGCCCUUGCUUAUAAGCGUGUCAUUCGGGAAGCUACAUACAUCUCCACAGGAGAAAAUCCGGCGACUCGCGUGUCCAUUAUGCAAGUGGAGCCGGCUCCAAACUGUGCCUCUGUCCUUUACUUGCAAAACGCUUACUCGGACCCAACAGGCUCUUACGUUGUUUAUGCUCCUGUCGACCAUGGAGCGAUGGCCUCGCUCUUAAACGGUGGAAACCCAGAUACGGUGGUGAUUUUUCCUUCGGGUUUUGCAAUUCUGCCCGAGAAGCCAACUGUGCUCGGAGGAGAUAGCCGCAGAAGUCUCUUGACUAUUGCGUUUCACAUCAUAGACGUGCCCGGAAGAAUGCAGGGUAAUAUGCUUCCUCGUGAUACAGCUGAUGGAGUCUACAAGAUCAUCACAAAAACUGUCGAUGCAAUCCAAGCUGCUAUGGAGGCUUACAUUGAAGCCGACGUCUUUCGUGAAACAAGAGUAUGGAGAAUGAGACCGAACAUUUACACCAAUUUUAUUGUUUAUAAUAUGCUUUACUCCUUCAUUUUGAGUGCAUUGAAGAUUCCAACCGACUUUCUCGUUACUACAGUUGUUCUGGGGGAGGAAAGGGCAAGGGAGUUGGGCUGCGUGGAUCCGGAGGAUGCCGCCUGA